UGUGUCAGCGAGGCGGGGCCGGCGCGAGAGCUGGGCGGGGCCGGGCUCUAAAGUCCCGGCAGCCCCGAUGUCCCGCCAGUAGAGCGGGAUGGAGGGAAGCAGCGGCUGCAGGAUCGAGCGGGACGCGGGGCAGAGGCUGUCCGCCUUCGACCUGCCCAAGGUAGAACUUCAUGUCCACCUGGAUGGAGCCAUUAAGCCAGAAACAAUCUUAUACUUUGGCAAGAAAAGAGGAAUUCCGCUUCCUGGUGACACUGUUGAAGACCUCUUGCAGCAUAUCAGUUACACGGAGCCACUCACUCUCACCCAGUUUCUAGAAAAGUUUUCUUUCUACAUGCCUGCCAUUGCGGGGGACCGUGAUGCUGUGAGAAGAAUAGCCUAUGAGUUUGUAGAAAUGAAAGCAAAAGAAGGUGUCAUCUAUGUUGAGGUCAGGUACAGCCCUCACCUCCUAGCCAACUGCAAAGUUCAGCCUGUUCCAUGGGACCAAGAAGAGGGCGACCUCACUCCGGAUGAAGUGGUUCACCUCGUUAAUCAGGGAUUACGGGAUGGAGAAAGGGAUUUCAACAUCAAAGCCAGGUCUAUUCUAUGCUGCAUGCGCCAUAUGCCAAGCUGGUCGUUGGAGGUGGUGGAGCUGUGUAAGAAAUACCAGAACAAUACGGUGGUAGCCAUAGACCUGGCUGGAGAUGAAUUGUUGCUGGCUGAGACCUUCCCAGAGCAUAGGAAGGCUUAUGAGGAAGCUGAAAGGUGUGGCAUUCAUCGCACCGUCCAUGCUGGGGAGGUUGGGUCACCCUCUGUCAUCAAGGAGGCAAUCAAUGUUCUGAAGACAGAACGGAUCGGCCACAGCUACCAUGUCCUGGAAGACCCAGCCCUUUAUAGGGAGCUGUUGAGUAGGAAGAUGCAUUUUGAGACCUGUCCUUGGUCCAGUAUCCUGACUGGAGCAUGUGAUCCAGACUUUAGGAAACACCCAGUAAUUCAGUUUAUGAAUGAUAAAGCCAAUUACUCCCUGAACUCUGAUGACCCGCUCAUUUUUAAUUCUUCAAUUGAGACUGAUUACAAAAUAGCUAAGCAGUUCCUGGACUUCACGGAAGAGGAGUUCAAGAGAGUGAACAUCAAUGCAGCUCAGUCCAGCUUCCUGCCUGAGAAAGAAAAGAAGGAGCUUCUCAGUAAGAUGUAUGAAGCCUACGGGAUGGUCCCGAACAACCCAUCCUAAUCCUGCUUCUACCAGCUGGCAAGGGCAUCUGCAGGCAAUCACAAACAGUGGUGGAAUCUAUGCAGUUAUCCUGAGUGCCACAAGACGGGCUCUGGUUGCUUGAAGGGAGUCCCAAAAUUGGAGGUGGGAUGGAUGGAAGCAGAGGUCAGGAUGAACCUGUUCUCCCAUUUAGCAGAAGUGUAAAUUGGGACUAGCGUCACUGAAAUCACAGGAGUUGCACCGUUAUAGAAUGGAUGCAUCUUGGAUCAGAAUCAGGCCCUGGGCGUACACAUGGCAGAUGUCAUUCAGUAACUUUUAGGCCUGACUUUUUUUUUUUUUCCCUCAUAAUGGUACAAAUCAGGAGUAACUCCCUCAAAGUCAGUGGAGUUACACUGGUGUGGGAGGAGACUCCUGUUUGAAGUGCAAACGCGUCUCUUGUUCAGACAUUGCAGGUUCACAACUUCCUCAGCGCUGUCGAUAUGAGCUGUUCCAAUUUCACACAUCGUUUUCCCCAUUAUGCUCAAAGAAAGAGACAUGUCACUGCCAGAAGUGACAGUGUUAUUACUGGGCACUGGGCUGUGAUUUUUCUGGCAUGUAGUCCAAAAACAAUGUUUUGUUUGGUGUUUUUUCCCUUCUGAGCUGUGCAGAAUUAAUCAGAGCUGUGAGGCAAAGCUGAACUUGGAACUGUUCCCUCUGCGGCCAGUUAGAUCCU